CUUCUCUCUUCUCUCUUCUCUCUUCUCUUCCUUCUUUUCCUCCCUUCCCUUUGUCGACUCUCUUAUCCUGGCUUCCCCGACUUAUCUGCCUGUCCAUGGGUGCCAUUAUAAUCUGUCAAAUAAUUGAUUUCCUUUGACCCCUUUCUUGAACACCCUGGCUAAGUCCGCUAACGUUCGGCACAAAAUGCCGAAGCAAGACGACGCAGCAAGACCGACCAGGGCCAAAACAAGCCUCGCGUUGGGGGACCAAGCACCCACUAUUGCUUAUGCGAAAUUGCUUCAACGCUAAACGACCUGUGCCCCAUGAGCUUGGCCUGUUUGGUAUUAGAUUGGGCUUACACUUACAGUCCUCCCCAAUCACACCCUCAGUCAGUCAGCUUUGCGGACAGACCUCUGCAAAGGGACAAGGAUACAGGGUUCGAAGGACAAAUAUAAAUAACCCCUGAGUGGACCCCGCGGUUCUGACAUGCGAUGCACCGUUCUCCCCUACAUCUCAUCGUUGUGGUAUACAGAAUGGCUGCUUUGAACACCCCCUCGAACCCGGCUGGAAAUGGCCAGAAAAUAUCCCAAAAGAAAAGCCCCAUUCAGGAGCCGCUACGGUAUCGGACAAAGUCAUUGUACCUCCUUGCCUUCUAUGUCGCUAUUCUGUUGAUUCCCUGGGUGAUGACUUGUGUCAUGAUGGUACGCCCCCUGGACGCCACUUCUUAUACGCGCCAGGGCUUUGGCCUGCCAGCGUCUGUACUUCUGAACAUUCUCGCCAGUCUGGAUGUUAUCACUGUCCUCGAAAAGAUCCAGGCCGUUCUCGCUAUUCCCAUCGUCUCUGGGUUCCUGGCUCAGGCUGCCGUUGUCUAUGCACAGCGACGCUCGCCUGAUCAAAAGCUAUCUCUGCAGCAGCUGAUCGCUCUAGCCGACCGUCCCUGGGCCAACGUCAUAUCAUGGUUUCGGUGCCUAUCCUCCAACAAUGGGACUGGGUCCUGGCUUGCCGUUUUCGGGGGCCUGUUCGUGUUGUUGGUGGCGGUUACCCCUGCUAUUCAAUCGCUUCUAGUCAAGUUUGAGGUCUUCACCAUCGCCACCUGUGGGGAAAUGCCUGUCUGGUCAUGCAAUCCGGCGAACAUUGCUACGGUCGUGGGCCUUGACCCGGAACCGGCCGCUCUAGAAUAUUUCCCCCAGAGCCUUGCUGUCCAGCAGGUGGCUAAGAAAACGCAGUUGGUAAGCGAGCUGGAUGUGCAGCCUUACCUGUGGCCGGAACAUUGGACAUCCAUUUCCGAUGCCGAGGCCAUUGAAACGGGAACAUUCCUCUGGUACGAUGAGGCUUUUCCUUCGGAGAAGUAUUUUGUCUCUGCGUUACAGAAUGGGACCAACACCGGUGUUCUGCGUGAACAUGCCCUUCGACUGAACUCAACAUCUGCUUGUGUGACUGUACCAGCAUCUGAAUUUCCGCAGACAUGCCCCGGUGACCGACCUUUUGUGACCAACCUGACUGCUCCUGACACUCUGGAUAUCCGAAUCUGUGUGCCCGGGGUGUAUGGACAAACUCCUUGGACCCUGAGUCGGGACCGGCAGGAUAUCUCGGAGGAAAUGUGGAUUGAUGUCGUUCCACAACUCUGGGAGUACGAUAUCAAUCAAUACAACUUCACGUUGCGAUGUACCACAAAUUCCACCAGAGGGUAUUUUGAGAUCAGCAACUACCGGAAUAAUGAUAACCCAGGACCACUCCUCGAGAAGUGGCCGAGCCAGGAAGAGCUGGAGAAAGAUUUCAAUGACUACUUGGGGGUAGGUGGAGAUUUUGCCAUUCCGUCCGUUAUUAAUAAUGAUACUGAUUCGAACCUGUUCAUCUUGGGGCCUGCACCAGCUGAUCCAUUCAACAUUGAGGAGCUAUAUGCUGCUGGGCCGCUGAUGACCAGUGCGCUGGCUCUGUUUGGCAACCAGAGCUUUUUCAGCGUCGCCAGAAACGCCACCAACAGCAGCACCGCACGGUCUGCGCUAUCUUCUAUCUGCCUGUUUGAUGCGAUUCCAUUUACCCGACUUGAUUCAGAGGGAUUUAGCACGGCCCUGGACACCUGCAGCGAGCUCCAGUGGAUGCUAGACAACGAGGACAACGACGUCUUCUAUCUGCAACUUAUGUACACUGUGUAUACAUGGAUCGCCUCCUUCAGCGAGAAUCAGACGGCUACUACCGCCCUAAACAUAGCAACCUACUUUGCCAACGAGGCUGUCUUAACUAAUACGGCAGCGCAAGGCUAUACGCACAACUCUCGCGAGAUCUACUUUGACAGUGGCACGGUACUUAUCAGACCAAGAUGGACUCUGGCGGGUGUGAUUACUGUUUCCAUCCUUAUUGGCCUUCAGGUUCUGGGCCUCUGUCUGAUCAUAGCCUACUGUUACUCGGUCCCCACCUGGACGGGCAGCUUUGAUGCUUUUGCUAUGCUCCGUAUGGGCGCAGAACUGCAGCGUGUCCAGCAUGUUCGCUUUGCUGGCAUUAGAGACACAGAUAAACGGGAUCUGGCGGCUCUCACCCGUAUUGAUGGACUUGUGGGCGUUGUGGACAAUCAUGAACAGCGGGAACCAGAAGAAAGGCAUGGUGCCAAGGAGAACCCACCCCUGGUCAAUCAAUUGGUCGGAGAAUCCGCUUCUACAGAAAUUGAUUUCAACGAGUCUCAGACGGUUUACUCGGGGGUCUCCGUCGAUGGUGACAAGAGCGGCGAGGAUAGGGAUGAAAGAGCAAAGGAAGAAGGGUUAGAGCCACCAUUCCAUCUGGCAGUGGGCGCGCCAGGCUUGAUUACGAAGGACCUGGUGCCUGGGAGAAAAAGAAGGUGGAAUAGGACGAAAGUUACGAAGACCGAGGAUGGUCAAGUGUAACCACGUUGCUGCAAAUAUUCACAAUCGAUGAUUAUACCCACUUCAACCAGAAACCAAUCAUAUCCACCCGCAUCGAUCAGCACUCUCCAUCGAUAAUAUGGAAUCGCCCACCCUCCAUGAAGUAGUCAACAUACUCUACAUCGUAUGACGUCUAGAUAAGAUAUAGCCCUG